CAGUGUAGCGCCAUAUCUUGAGCAGGCACAUGGCAACACUGCCGCCGCCACCCCUUCUUGGCCACAGUGAAAAGAAGUGGCUGCAUUGGUUAAACUCGUUGCCACUUGCCACUUGCCUGCUUGUGGACAGCUUUGCCGUGUUACAGAAUGGAGACGUGUUGUUUGAAGUUGCGAAUGCGCUACAGACCCUGCAGCCACCUCCUGCCAAAGCGUCGGCGACGGCGCAAUCUGCUCACAAAAUCCAACAAGUCCUAGCCGUCGUCCUGCCCCACGUUCCCAAACAUAGCAGCAGUCAUCACCACGUCCUUCGAGACCCCGAAAGCGUUCUCGACAUUCUAGAAGGCCAAAUUCCAGCCAUAUGCGCCACCUUGAGCAUCCUGAAGACGCUGUGGAUGCAAAAACACAUUCGGCGACUGCAGCAGCAGUACAUUCACGGUCAAGUGGACAAGCUACACCGCAACGUCCCCCAGACUCCACCUCCAGAACGACCACCAAAAACUAGAGUCAAAACCACUGUAGCCGUGUCAUAUCCAACUCCCACCACUCGCCUCGUUCCCAAAGUGUUUCGACCGCCAGGCUUGGCGUGGAAUACGUCAACGCUGUUAGCACCUGACAAAGUCCACAGCUCAAUCUCCCCCGCAACACACACUAGCCAGGGCCAGCCUCGACCAACUGCCAUAGCACCCUCCCCACAGAUACAAAAAAACUUCCACGUGCAAUUCAUGGUGGAUCCUCUAUGGCUGGCCCAAUCAGACACCCCUGCAGCACAUUGCAACGCCCCUUCAUUCUCCCAUAUGACCCCCCCAGGGUUACUCCCCUUGCCCAAGGCGUACGCAGUCUGUCGAUGGAUUCGAUCUCUCGGUAUCGCCCUGCCUUUCGACGAGCUACCCGGCACUGAUCACUUUACAGCCGAAACGUUCUUGGCACAGUCAGGUCGAGCCUUUCAGGAUGGAGUGAUCCUGUGCCAAAUCGCCGCCAUCUUAGCGUACCGAGGGGGCCCACCCUUCGUAAAAGCCAAGCUACGACCGCUGGUGGACCAGCCAGGCCGAUUUGUGCCUCAAGGGUGCUGCAUCGCCCCUCAGAAUUCUGCGCAAAAGCGCCACAACGUGCAGUUGGCCCUGACGUUUCUAAGUCAAUUGCACGCGCUACCCCCCACUUUGAUGCACAUGAACGACCCCGAGAGUCCCCAGUUCAGUGUCGACAUGUGGCGACUGCUAUACACCGUGUUCAAAGCAACUACCACCACGACGACACGAAACGCGAAAUGUACAUCCCCUUCCACACCAAAGCCCCCUCCAACCACACAACAAUUCCACCCCCACCCUUCGUCGACCAACAGCAGCAGUGUGCGACCGCUGCCGUGUGUUACCCACGAGCAAACCCGUCGCGUGACCGACUGGCUGCAUUCCCUCGGCUACACUAUUCCAUCCCAACCCGCAAGUCUCCUCCAAGAUCCCUUGCGAAAUGGAGUUCUUUUGUGCCACCUUGUGAAUCGCAUGGCCAACAUUCCCAAACCCGUCCCAGUGCACACGAACGUGACAACGUUGCAACAAGCCAAAGAUAACGUCUCAUCGGCCCUCUCUGCGCUUCGGUCCCUCGAGCCCCCGAUCGCCCCCGCCAUCUACACUUGUCAUAGUGACCCCAUUCUCAAAGGGCAAUUUCACCUCGUGUGGGGACUGUUGUAUCACGUCAUGGAAGCGUUCCAACGCGUGCCCGUUCAAACCAUCUCCCCUUUAAAUAAAGAAAUCCAUCGAGAUUUUGACAUACAAAACGAGAACGACCACAAGCUCCAACAAGUCGCAGACGACAAAAUCUUGCUCGUCGAGUGGUUACGUACACAGGGGUACUUGGACACCCUCGACUGCACCCAUGUCCAUCCAACGUUUGACGAUAUUAAGGUACACCUUCAAAGCGGGGUCUUACUCUGCCACUUGGCGAGUCGGGUGACUCAAAUGUCGAAAUCCGUUAAAGCCGAACCCCCAUACCUUUCGUCACAUGUUUCCAAACAAAUGGCCCUGCGUAAUAUUGAACACGCCCUCGAGUUACUACGUGCUCAUCCAGCCAUUCCCCAACGCUUCUUAUGGUGUGACGACAAGAUCUACGCGGGUCAUACACACGUCCUUGUGGGGCUAUUACAGGACAUUCGACGCGUACAUAAGGAUAGCCACCCCCCGCCGCACUCUAUUGCCCCCCUUCGCCCCCUACUCCCCAGCCCCCCGGGGGACGACGACGACGACGACGAGGAAGAGGAUGAUCUGACGACCGGACUCGUCACCUGCUGGCACGUCGACACGGAAGUGCAUAGUUCCCACCAGUGGCGGGAAACCGACAUCGAUCCGUCCGAAGAUUUGUUUCCACAUCCAAACGACCCAAUUAACCCCGACGAUGUUUCGUCAAGGAACAACCAUCCCAUGACGUGGCACAACGUCGACGAAGACGUCGUCCCCCAGCCGCAACCAUUCAAAUUGACGUCCACUCUGUCUGACCUGGCGGCGUGGCUGCAGGCGCUUCACGUGGACGGCGCCCCUCCCUCGCUGGAUGCGGCGACACUGCCCGAGUUUCAAGAUGGCCUGGUCCUUGUGUCGUUGGUUGAAAAGGUCGAACACGUUCGGCGGUUAGAUGGCGUAUGUCGUGCGCCGCGGGGGAAGCGGGCCAGUUGCCUGCAUAACAUCAGCAAAGUGAUGACGAUCUUGAGCCACAACAAGGCGAUGCCGUUGACGCUGCUACGACGGCAAAUCGAUAUUUUCAACGGCAACCAACAAGUUAUCGUGGCCCUGCUUGAUCAAAUUCGACAUGCGUAUGGGUACCACCACCACCGCUCAAAGCCUUGAGAAUAAAAGUUGAGUGGAUGUACUUGUUGUCGUCAAAGUUCUUGCGAGGGGGCACGAACACACAAAACAGUGUCAUCGUUAUUUCAUAGGGAAACAAGGGGAAAAUUAUUAUAUAAUCUCAACAAGAGCG